GAGCGAGCGGCCCGGGCUGGAGCGCCCAGCCCCGCAGCGGAUCAUGGUGCAGCAGGCGGAGAGCUUGGAAGCGGAGAGCAACCUGCCCCGCGAGGCGCUGGACACGGAGGAGGGCGAAUUCAUGGCUUGCAGUCCGGUGGCCCUGGACGAGAGCGACCCGGACUGGUGCAAGACGGCGUCGGGCCACAUCAAGCGGCCGAUGAACGCCUUCAUGGUGUGGUCCAAGAUCGAGCGCAGAAAGAUCAUGGAGCAGUCCCCGGACAUGCACAACGCCGAGAUCUCCAAGCGGCUGGGCAAGCGCUGGAAGAUGCUGAAGGACAGCGAGAAGAUCCCGUUCAUCCGCGAGGCGGAGCGGCUGCGGCUGAAGCACAUGGCCGACUACCCCGACUACAAGUACCGGCCGCGGAAAAAGCCCAAGAUGGACCCCUCGGCCAAGCCCAGCGCCGGCCAGAGCCCCGAGAAGAACGCGGCGGGCGGCGGCGCGGGCGCGGCGGGCGGCGCGGGCGCGGGCGGCGGCGCCAAGACCUCCAAGGGCUCCAGCAAGAAGUGCGGCAAGCUCAAGGCGCCCGCGGCCGCGGGGGCCAAGGCGGGCGCGGGCAAGGCGGCCCAGGCCGGGGACUACGGCGGCGGCGCGGGCGACGACUACGUGGUGGGCAGCCUGCGCGUGAGCGGCGCGGGCAAGACGGUCAAGUGCGUGUUCCUGGACGAGGACGACGACGACGACGAGGACGACGACGAGCUGCAGCUGCGCAUCAAGCAGGAGGCGGACGACGACGACGACGAGUCGCCGCACCAGCAGCUCCUGCAGCCCCCGCCCGGGCAGCAGCCGCCGCCGCCGCCGCCCCCGGCGCCGCAGCUGCUGAGACGCUACAACGUCGCCAAAGUGCCCGCCAGCCCCACGCUGAGCAGCGCGGCCGAGUCCCCCGAGGGCGCCAGCCUGUACGACGAGGUGCGGGCCGGCGGCACGGCGGGCGCGGGGGGCGGCAGCCGCCUCUAUUACAGCUUCAAGAACAUCACCAAGCAGCACCCGCCGCCGCUGGCACAGCCCGCGCUGUCUCCCGCAUCCGCGCGCUCCGUCUCCACCUCCUCCUCCUCCUCCUCGGGCGGCGGCGGCGGCGGCAGCAGCAGCAGCAGCAGCGGCGGCGAAGACGCCGACGACCUCAUGUUCGACCUGAGCUUGAAUUUCUCCUCCUCCCAGAGCGCGCACGGCGCGGCCGGCGAGCAGCAGCUGGGCGGCGGCGCGGCGGCCGGGAACCUGUCGCUGUCGCUGGUGGAUAAGGAUUUGGAUUCGUUCAGCGAGGGCAGCCUGGGCUCGCACUUCGAGUUCCCUGACUACUGCACGCCCGAGCUCAGCGAGAUGAUCGCGGGCGACUGGCUGGAGGCCAACUUCUCCGACCUGGUGUUCACCUACUGA